AUGCAACUUAACAUGCGGGGUUACGCAGAUUCUGAAAUUGAAGCUGUGUUUUCGAAGUAUGAUGUCAACGGAGAUAGAUUGCUGGAUGAAAACGAGCUGCGUAAAAUGCAAAACGAUCUUGAAAGUCAAAAAUUUGAUUUUCCCAGUGGAGUGUUAUCAGAUCAUGGAUUAAUCCAGAUAUCCAUCAAUGAACAAAUGGCCAAAGGAUCAGACAAGGAAGAAGGAUACGAAAGUGAUGGUGAAAAAGGAGAAAUUGAUGCAAAUAGCGAAGUUUUUGCAUUGUUGAGAAGAAGAGUGGAUCGAAUGGAACAUGCCAUUGGUAGCAUCGUGUCCAAAAUCGAUUGUGUUCUGGAUAAAUUAGAAGCUAUAGAAAUUGCGAAAGCUAAACGAAGAGAAAAUAUUGGUCUAUUAAUAGACAAUAUAGCAGCGUCUGGAAGUGGAUCACAAGAUGCUCAGCAGCAAAUGGAAAAAAUUGUCAAGGAUGAGAUGACAAAAUGGGAUAAAGAACACUUCGCCCCAAAAUCAAUGUUUUGA